GUUUCGUGCACCGGAAGCGCGCACUUGCCUAACGCCGGUCGUCGUCGCCUGAUCGUCGCGUGUGUGCGAAGCUCCAGGAUACGUGAAAGAGACUUGAUCUCGCGCCGUAGUUUAAAAGAGCGGUUCGAGCAUCGAGUGAAGAUUCCGAUUUUCUCGCUCGAUCGCGCGUGGUCGUUUCGACCCUCUCCUUUUCUCUUUUGCGGCCCGUCUUCGACUCUCGCUCGUCAGGGGCGUCGUCUUUGUCGCCGUUAGUCUCCUCGUCGUCGCAGCGACAUGGGCGGAUGUACUUCGAAGGAUACCACGUCGGGCGACGAUAAAAAGAGCAACAACAUGGUGGACGCAGCAGUUCUGGACAAACUGGAGUCCGGCUUUGCGAAGCUGGCGGAGUCCGACAGCAAAUCGCUGCUGAAGAAAUACCUGACCAAGGAGGUCUUCGAUCAGCUCAAGACCAGAAAGACCUCGUUCGGCUCCACUCUCUUGGACGUUAUUCAAUCUGGUCUGGAAAACCAUGAUUCCGGCGUUGGUAUCUACGCGCCGGAUGCCGAGGCUUACACCGUCUUCGCUGAGAUCUUCGAUCCCAUUAUCGACGACUAUCACGGCGGCUUCAAGAAAACUGAUAAGCAUCCGCCCAAGGACUUCGGUGACGUCGACUACUUCGGCAAUCUCGAUCCCACCGGUGAAUACAUCGUGUCGACUCGCGUGCGAUGCGGCCGCUCUUUGGAUGGAUAUCCGUUCAAUCCGUGUCUGACGGAGGCGCAGUAUAAGGAGAUGGAAGACAAGGUAUCCAGCACGCUGUCGGGCCUCGGUGGUGAACUGAAGGGUACUUUCUACCCGCUCACCGGCAUGAGCAAGGAAGUGCAGCAGAAGUUGAUCGACGAUCACUUCCUCUUCAAGGAGGGCGAUCGUUUCCUUCAGGCAGCGAAUGCCUGCCGUUUCUGGCCCACCGGACGUGGCAUCUUCCAUAACGACGACAAGACCUUCCUGGUCUGGUGCAACGAAGAGGAUCAUCUUCGCAUCAUCUCUAUGCAGAUGGGUGGUGAUCUUGGACAGGUAUACCGGCGCUUGGUGACGGCGGUAAAUGAGAUCGAGAAGCGGCUGCCGUUCUCGCACAACGAUCGCUUCGGCUUCCUGACAUUCUGCCCGACGAAUCUGGGUACGACGGUGCGAGCCUCUGUGCACAUCAAGGUGCCGAAACUCGCGGCGAACAAGGCCAAGCUCGAGGAGGUCGCGGGCAAGUACAAUCUACAGGUGCGCGGCACUCGCGGCGAGCACACCGAGGCCGAGGGCGGCAUCUACGACAUCUCCAACAAGCGCCGUCUCGGCCUGACCGAGUACCAGGCUGUGAAAGAGAUGAACGACGGCAUCGCCGAGCUCAUCAAAAUCGAAGCCAGCCUCUAAAUCCACUCCUCCCCCCUUCCCCCUGACACACCUCGUAUUCGUUUACUCUCCAUCGUAGCCCCGUCGGACGCCACUGUUAUUACAUGACGUCACGCUGGAAGCUGUGUCUAUGGCGUGACGGAUUUUGUUCCGAGAAUAAAUCGCAAGAGCAUGAUUUAAAGGGUUGUUUAACUCUAACGCCAGCGGCAUCGAGCUUUUCAGCCAUUUUCGCGUUAUCCGUCUUUAUAUUACACGUAUAUGAAGACGUAUAUAUGAUGAAUAUCGUAAUUAGCGUUGUCUAGUACGAUGUAAGCUGCUCUCGUACUCGAGUAAUCUUUUUCCAUUGUUAUUUUUUUUUCUUGACUCAAGUCUAAAUCAAUAAAGGAAAACUUCGGUUCGUAAUAUACGAGAGAUUACAUCCUGUUGAACAUAGGAUAAAAAUUCCUGGAGGAAGAUAAAUCGUACGCUUUGUCAAACUAUGAUACAUACUUUCUAUUUAUAUAUAUUUCUUUAUAUCAUGUCCGUGUAUCUUGCUAAUUAAUUUAAUCGAAAACGUGAAAUCUUAAAUUACGAAAGAAGACGAAACAUACAGUAAAAAGAUUUUAUAAGAGAUCAGCUCGCAUCGCACUCCGCAUGUUGUAUUCGACAGUAUUUUAGUUUCGUUCACUUGUUCCUUUUUUUUUGUUUUUAGUAUGUAAUUUCGAAAGAUCGGGAAAUGUUCUUCUCGAGGUGUAACGCACUCGCGAUUAUUUCGCUUUUAUUUCUAUUCUUUUUUUCUUUUGUCGCAAUCGCAUUCGUUAUUGAUGAUACAUAGUCACGCGCGUUCACACACUUGGUAGUACUCUAGUACUAGUCCCUUGCAAUUCGUCGUGAUUGUCUAUUAAAACGAGAUAAUAAAGGGAAAGGAGAGGGAAAACGUCGUCGCUGUUUUAAAAAAGAUAUUCGUUCGAUGACGACGGUUUUUAAAUUGUCCGUGUUCUUCGAGAUUGUCACGGAUCGCGUCAAGGGUCGCGGGGAGUGUGCUGUUCUCAGUGCUCCGCGAUCUUUCUAGUCUGCGGAUGGAGAGCGACAUUCAUGUUUUUUCAUUCUCUUUUUUACCACACAUGAGAGGCCAAGAAGGAACAUCUGCGCGACGGAUAUUAACACGCACUACAAAACACACGCGAGCAAGCGUUGCGGCAUAUUAUAGAGACAGUGUACUACCAGCAGAUUCGACAAGAUGUACGGUGAGAAUAACAAAUAAUGAAACACGAAAAUAAAAAGACAUACACAUUA